CACUCGUAAAUUCACCACCACCCCUAACACACACACACACACACUCUCUCUCUCUCUCUCUCUCAAAAUGUUGGAUAUCUUGCAUCCCUACUUCAAUAUUGGAAACUUUGGUUCCCAAAACAAACUCGGGAAGCAAAACAAGCCAAACUACGUACUUAGAGACGAAUUGGACAGGAACAAAUCAACAAUCAAGCUCAAGAAAAGAGACAACAAAGUCCCGGCCGAAGCGACACCGUUGCUUCAGAAAGAAAAGGAGCUAGAGAGAGAACAGAGCCACCGGCCGCUCAUCGGCGGCGAGGAGAGAGAGGGGAUGAAGGUGAAGAUUUUGAUGACGAAAGAAGAAGCUGCAAGAUUACUGUCCAAGUGUAGAGAUGGAGGAGCGCUUGAAUUCAGGGACGUGGUUCGUGAGCUUGUGCAAAUCCCUGCUUCUCGUGUUAGUGUUGUUUCUUCUGGCAAAGGGGAGGAUCGUGGACUUGGGCGUAUAGCAGAAGAAUCUUAGGCUACUACUUAUCAGGGCCGGCCUAAAUUUUUCGGGGCUUGAAGUGGAAGUUAAAGAUGUGACUUUUUUUAUUUGACUAUUAUAAGGGGUAUCAAAAAUUUGUACGCUUUCGGGAGCCUAAAGCGACCGCAUCUCGAGCUUUAACUCAGAACCGGCUCUGUUGCUUAGAUAGCAUGCAACUAAUUAUCAAAUAGUAUUUGGUUGUUUUUCUUGCAACUCUACAAGCAACGCUAGAGGGCUUAUGAUUGCAAAAAAAAAAAAAGAGUCGAGAGGAGCAUUUUUCAUUUUGUUUGGUUUCCAUCUCAAAAA